AACAAAGAUAUUUGCAACAAAGCCCAGAGAGACUGGUACAGGUCAGGCCACGUGACCUCAGCUCAAUGGCAACGUGUUCCCGAAUUAAUUCGGACUCCAUAUUCAGACAGCAUAUAUUCUUCCAGAAAAAGAUAAUUUUCAUUGAUGUUUCAAGAGAAGAUUGGUCAUCAAACGAAAGUGUUAUUUGUAAGGGAACAUAAGAAAGCCGCUUUAAAAAAAGAUGCUUCGCUCAAUGAAUGUCAAGACCCUGAACCCUCACAUCAUAUGUGUGUUGUGUGGAGGCUACCUUGUGGAUGCUACUACUAUCAUCGAGUGUUUACAUUCAUUUUGUAGAAGUUGCAUCAUUUGCUGGUUGGAGAAGAGCUACAGAUGUCCCGUAUGUGAGACAGAAAUCCACAAAACAAGACCUUAUCUUAACAUACGUCCCGAUCGUGUUUUACAAGAUAUUGUCUACAAACUUGUGCCAGGUCUUUACGAUAACGAACUGCGUCGACGUAAAGAGUUUGAUACAGGUGUAGAAGAAGAUACCAAAGAUGACAGCAAUGUCAAACCUAACAAGAAAGACGACAUAGAGGACCCUGUUUGCGUGACCCUAGAGUAUUAUGGACGCAAAAGAUUUUGGCAAGAAAAAACGGUUUUCCCAACUCGAUAUCUACGAUGUUCUUCACAACUACCAGUCAACGUUCUCAAGAAAUUUGUGUCGACGAAGUUUGGGAUCCCUGAUACACACUUUGUGGAGAUUAUUCGAAGUGAUGAGAUAUUGAGUGAUCACUUAUCAYUAAGAGAACUAUGGCGKGUUUAUGGCUUACAUAACAAGUCUUUCAUCGAUCUUCAGUACAUAAUCAUCGACAAGAAACUAGAUAUUGUUAUCGCACACCAAGGGCUAGACGAACCCAAGUUUAAAAARAUCGUUAAAAAGAGAAAACGAAAAAGAAAAUCAUCGCUUGUUGGAAGCACCGACGGCUCAGGACUGACACCAAUCAAACGAAAACGACGAAAACGUGUAGCAAUGGUGGCAAAACGACACACAAAGCUGGCCACGACUCACGAAGGCACUGUACAAGAGACUGCUAAUGGCGAGAAGAAGUUGCCGGAAAAAGUUGCGGAACAAACUCUCGACUUGUCUGUGAACAAUGAUACUCCUUCAGUAGAAAACAACAAGAUUGAUGAACAUUUACAACAAAACUCAAUUCCUCAUGAUAAACAGAUGGAAAAUGACAUUAGUGUGAACAAAUACGCAUGUCCUGCGACACCGGAGAGUGACGCUGACCACAACGACUGUGUUACAUUGACAGCCGUUCACCCAGAACCCCCUAAGCAAGCUUCAGACGUUGUUCCACCCAGCUAGCUAACAAUUUGACGUUUAAUGAUGUAAAUAUGAAUAUUUCUUUUAAUGUGAUCGAGGUGACUGUAUUUACCGCUGUAAAAUAAUCAAGGUCAACUUCUACUUAGACUUUAGCAUCAAAGUCGAAAACCCUCUCAUUUGUAAAUUUUGCAAUUAUAGGACUUCAAAAACUGUAGAAAGCAAAAAUCACUGGGAAAGAUUUGUAUUAUAUUACGAUAUUCUAGAAAAACGUUGACUUCGUGAUACCUGUUAAACCUGAAAGAUAACUAACAGAAAGAAAACGAAGAAAAAGAAAAAAACUAAGUACCGAUAAAACGCUGAUGGGAAGAAAUGGUGUGAAAGAAAUUACUGUAAUAUUUUUGUAGCUUUGGAUUGAUCAGAGAAAUCACAAUUAUAUUUAAGAUAAAUUAGAUUAGAUUACUUGAUUUAAAUAGUACAAAAUGGUGCUCAAAAGUUACACUGUUUCCGCUAAUAUUCCUUAGUAUGCUCCAAUCGCAUUGGCGUUUUUUUUGUGUG